AUGUUGUGCCUCUUGUUUACCGCGACUCUCUUUAUUGCGACAAUGAUGCCUGCGACUGCAGAGCACGUGCAAGCGGCGAUUCGAAGCGGAGCCGUGCCUGCCCAUGGCGUCAACCUCGGGAGCUGGCUAGUCAUGGAGUCGUGGAUGUCAAAGCAGUCGCCAGUGUGGGCUGGUGUCCCGGAUGCGAUCGCUGUGGGUGGUGAGCACCAAACCAUGGCGUUCUUGGGCCGCGAGAAGGCAGAUCCGCGCUUCAAGUUGCACCGCGACACGUUCAUCACCGCCGCGGACAUUGCUGAAAUUGGGGCUUCGGGAAUGAACAUGGUGCGCGUCCCUGUCGGAUGGUGGAUUAUGCCCGACUCGACCAACGACGCCUGGAAGCAUUACUCGCCAGGUGGCCUCGCGUACUUGGACAUGCUAAUCAAGGACUGGGCAGUUCGAUCUAAUGUAGCGGUGCUUGUGGAUAUUCACGCCGCACCAGGGUCUCAAAAUGGCAGGGACCACAGCUCUGCGCCAACUUCAAAUGUUGCCAACUGGUCCCGCGACGAAGGCAACAUUGCGCGCACGUUAAAGGUGGCUGAGUUCCUCGCCGCACGAUACAGCCAAGACGAAGCGUUCUUGGGACUGAGUCUACUGAACGAACCAGAAGGCAAUCCUGCCACCAACUCUGGCGUCGACACUGCAAAGUUGCAAGCGUACUACACGACGGCAGUCUCGCGCAUCCGGCAAACGGGAAACGACUGCGUCCUGGUGGUCGCUCCGUUGUUGACGGAACAGUCGCCGACUGCCGCGGGGUGGCCGACGUUUUUGCGCCAAAAGAACAUUUGGCACGACUGGCACAAGUACCUCAAGUGGGGUCACGAAGGCCAGCCCCUGUCGGAAUUGAUCGCUCGAGGCACCGACACCAUAGCCCGCGAUAUUUCACAGUGGACGGGCAACCCACUCUUCAUUGGCGAGUGGAGUUUGGGCCACCCCGACUCGGCGAAAGCUGAAUUUCAAGACCAAAAUCAAGGCAAGCUGUACGCCUCGACGUACCUAGCCGCCGUGUCCAAGGCCAAGGGCGGAUGGGCUUUCUGGAGCUGGCGUGCAGACACCGGGCUGCCAUUUGGUGAAGGCUGGAGCAUGCGCGAACUGCUUCGUGGAGGGAUUUUGAAGCUUAAGUAG